AUGCAAGAAGCCAAGCAGCUUCACGCUCACAUAAUAAUCGCCGGAUUGCAACAGCAAGAGCUUUACCUUAGAAAGCUUAUAACCUUCUUCGCCAUCUCUAAUCCUUCCUCUCUCAGCUAUGCUCGCCUUGUAUUCUCUAACAUUGAAACCCCAUCAACUUUCGUCUACAACACCAUGAUCAGAGCUUAUGCCACGAGCUCAGACCCAUCUCAAGCCUUACACCUUUACAACCAAAUGCGCAGACAAGGCACUCAGCCUGAUAGAUACACCUUCCCUUUCUUGCUCAAAGCUUGUUCCGUUCUUUCGGAUCUCCAUAAAGGCCAGGAGACCCACUGCCAUGUGAUCAAACAAGGAUUCCUUUCCGAUAUUUUUGUCCGGAACUCGUUGAUUCAUCUCUACGGAUCAAAUUCAAAGAUCAAGAUUGCUCAUCGAAUUUUCGAUGAAAUGCCUCAUCGUGAUAUCGCCACUUGGACUACUUUGGUUGCUUGUUGUGCUAAUUUUGCCUCCAUCGAAUUAGCACGUAAGCUCUUUGAUAGAAUGCCUGAAAGAAGUAAUGUUUCUUUUAGUGCCAUGAUCGCUGGCUACAUUCGUCAUGGAUGGUUUAAGGAAGCAUUGCAAUUAUUUCGCAGGAUGCAAAUAGAAGGACUGGUGCCAAACAAUUCUACCCUCUCCAGUGUCCUCUGUGCCUGUGCAAAUCUCGGGGCUUUGGAUUUGGGUAGAUGGAUUCAUUCCUUUAUAUGCGAGAGGGAAGGUAACAAAUUUGAUUGUCGAAUUAUUACUGCUCUUAUAGAUAUGUAUUUCAAGUGUGGGAGCAUAAAAGACGCGCUCCAAGUCUUUGCUGGGGCCAAGAAGAAAUUCGUAGGUGAAUGGACGGCUAUGAUAUCUGGGAUGGCCAUGCAUGGAUUUGGUCAGACAUCAAUCGAAUUGUUUGAAGACAUGGUCAGUUCAGGUAUUAAACCAAAUGCAGUCACAUUUGUUGCACUUCUCUCUGGAUGUACCCAUGCCGGACUGGUGGAUGAAGGUUUGAGGUAUUUUCAGAGAAUGACAGCUGAGUUUGGGAUUGAGCCCACGAUUGAACAUUUUGGUUGUGUGGUUGAUCUUCUUGGCCGUGCUGGACUGAUUGGUCAAGCAAUCCAAUUUAUAAGAGAUAUGCCAGUAGAGGCUAAUGCUGCAAUUUGGGGUGCUCUUCUGAAUGCAUGCAAGGUGCACAAGAAUGUUGAUGUUGGUGAAUUAGCAGCAAGAUGGUUAAUAAAUGAAGAACCAUGGAAUGGAGUCAUUUAUUUAUCUUUGUUGAGCUUGUACAGGGAGGCAGAGAGAUGGGAUGAUGUUGAGAACGUAAAGAGAGAGAUGAAGGAGGUUGGUUGUAAAAAGAGCCCUGGUUGUAGCUUGAUUGAGGUGAAUGGUGAUUGUCAUGAGUUUGUGGCUGGGGACAAGUCACACCCUUGUGUGUUACAAGUGUGUUUGAACUUGAGUCAAUUGGUCAUGGAAGUGAAGGAACAUAAGUAUCUCCUUGGAUGA